CGUCGCUUCGUUACGUUUACAUUCUGUUCUCGACAUCGCGUUCAUUGUGGGGAGCCAUUACCCUCGUCCGCACUAAAGCAUCGUGCCAUAUUCCCACUCGCGCCCUAAAAAUUACAACAUUCUCGUAGUUUUAAGUGAAAUAUUAUGAGAGUGAAGACCGAAAUGGACGACGACGAGAAGGGAAAAUUGUUUGUUGGUGGGCUGUCAUGGGAAACAACUCAAGAAAAUUUACAACGUUACUUUGGCCGAUAUGGCGAAGUAAUAGAUUGCGUAGUUAUGAAAAACAGCGAAUCUGGGCGCAGUCGUGGGUUUGGUUUCGUAACAUUUAGCGAUCCAGCAAACGUUUCUUUGGUUCUCCAAAAUGGUCCUCAUCAACUUGAUGGUCGUACGAUUGAUCCAAAACCUUGUAAUCCACGCACUCUUCAGAAGCCAAAGCGUAGUGGUGGUUUUCCAAAAGUUUUCCUUGGUGGUUUACCAAGCAAUGUGACUGAGACUGAUCUGCGGUCUUAUUUUACUCGCUUUGGCAAGGUUAUGGAAGUAGUGAUAAUGUAUGACCAGGAAAAAAAGAAAUCAAGAGGAUUUGGCUUCCUAAGUUUUGAGGAUGAAGAAGCAGUGGACAGAUGUGUAGCGGAGCAUUUCGUCAAUCUGAAUGGAAAACAGGUUGAGAUUAAACGUGCAGAACCGAGAGAUUCUUCAAGCAAAAUGAAUGAUAGCCAUCAGGGUCAAUGGGGCCCGCCUCAGCAGGGUGGCCCACCGAUGGGUAUGGCGGGGAACAUGGGACCGAUGGGUGGACCGAACGGACAGAUGGGUGGACCGAUGAUGGGGGGACCGAUGGGCCCGCCAGGGAAUAUGAUGCAGCAGUAUCAGGGUUGGGGAACCAGCCCUCAAACUGGUGGAUACGCUGGAUACAGUACUCAGUAUAACGCUCAGGGCUGGGGAGCACCACCAGGACCUCCGCAGCAGCAGCAAAUACCUCCGCCUCCACCGCAUCAAUGGGGUAGUAGCUAUAACGUUCAACCUGCGGCAGCUACUCAAGGUUAUGGAAGUUACGGUGGGCCGGCGACGGCCGCUUCAGGGGGCUACGGGCCCACGGCGGGUACUGGCGGGGCUGCGGGAGGCGGGCCUGGGGGCUCCUGGAGCUCCUGGAACAUGCCACAGAAUGGGCCUCCUCCUGGGACCCAGCCCCCACCCCAGCCCCCUCAGCCCAACUCCUCGCAGCCCAACUCCAACUCGAACCCCUCUGGCCCGCAGGGUGACAUAUACUCGCGACAGAACACUGGCUCAGGUGCACCCGGGUCCAGCAGCAGUUCGGCCAAGACUCCAGAUUAUACUGGGUAUUCCGGAUACAGUAAUUAUGCCGACACCACUUAUCCUCAACGUUCGUAUCAGGCCGGAGAAAGUAAUCAAGGGUCCAGGUUCCACGAGGAUCUUCGCCCCACGUCGCCACGGACAUGAAUUUCCACUUCGCAAAACCAGCGUCGGAAUUAUCCAGCAUCCUUGGGCUUAAGAUUUGGACUAAGGUCCCUGGAAGACAAAAUAUGUCGCCCUCGCUAGCAGAAAUUCAGCUCUCGCGUGCGAAUGCAAUUCUCGGGAUAUUGUGACACGUAUUAUGUUUCGCGGCGCGUGUUCUUUCAUCAGCUUCUUGUCUCCUCAUUGCGGUUACAUUGUAUUGUCACGUUAGGGGCGAGAAGUCGCGCGAAGAUUCUCUUGCAUCAUACUCGGAGACAAAUUAAUUUUCUCUCUGCUGGAAAUACAUCGGAAAUCCGCGUUCUGAUUCGCGGAUUAACUAAAUCAACGAGUUAGAUAAAUUUCGACCCGCUUUCGCGGAACUCGAUUUUGCUGAAUAAAUAUACAAAUAUAGGUCGAUUUAUAUGGCCUGUUUACUAAUGCAAGCUAGGAGAGUGUAUGCUAUCCUGUAUCAUAACAUUACAGAUAUAUGUGUAUAUAGAAUAUGAAAAUACUAAAUAUAUAAAAUGGGUCGAUGCGAGUCAAAAGCGCGUCCGCGGCAGGAUAAUAAUAUUUAGCUUUAGUGUACGAGAUACGCUCCAAUAUUUUUCACAAUGAUCGUAAAUCGCUCCCUUUCCCAUCGUCGAAGCGACCCUUGAGCAUACUUAUUGAACCGGACGGUCGAUUUGGCAAUGGGGAAAGGGGGCGACUUUCAUACAAGACCGAAAAAUAUGUUUGAAGGUGUCGUGUAUACUCGCCAAACAUUAUUAUCCUCCCCAUUAUUACGGUUCCAAUUACGUACUUGCGCCUCUGGCUUGCGCCGGUCCAUCCUGCGUAUUUCAUGCGACCCGACUCGAUGUUGUUACAAAAAUGCUCGAUGUAAAAAUAACCUGGACGUUUGCCGUAAGAGAGGAAUUCGCGCGAAUUUUCGCUUCUGGUGCGUCUACGACGAGGGAUCAGUGUGCAUAUUUUAUAAUAUUUUAACGAUAAUAAUAUUGUCGUUGCGCGCCGCUGCGCAGAUACAA